AGAUUCACUGGUGUGGCAAGUUGUCUCUCAGACUGUACAUGCAUUAAAAUUGUGCUUGGCACUAUUCAAAAGCAAAAGAAGAGUAAAAAGAAGAAAUAAGAAUAAGAAAAAAAAGAUUAUAUGGAUUUUAAAAUCAUGCAAAAACUGCAACUCUAUGUUUAUAUUUACCUGUUCAUGCUGAUUGUUGCUGGUUCAGUGGAUCUAAAUGAGAACAGUGAGCAAAACGAAAAUGUGGAAAAAGAGGGGCUGUGUAAUACAUGUACUUGGAGACAAAACACUAAAUCUUCAAGAAUAGAAGCCAUAAAAAUUCAAAUCCUCAGUAAACUUCGUCUGGAAACAGCUCCCAACAUCAGCAAAGAUGCUAUAAGACAACUUUUACCCAAAGCUCCUCCACUCCGGGAACUGAUUGAUCAGUAUGAUGUCCAGAGGGAUGACAGCAGUGAUGGUUCUUUGGAAGAUGACGAUUAUCACGCUACAACAGAAACAAUCAUUACCAUGCCUACAGAGUCUGAUUUUCUAACACAAGUGGAUGGAAAACUCAAGUGUUGCUUCUUUAAAUUUAGCUCUAAAAUACAAUACAAUAAAGUAGUAAAGGCCCAAUUAUGGAUAUAUUUGAAACCCGUCAAGACUCCUACAACAGUGUUUGUGCAAAUCCUGAGACUCAUCAAACCCAUGAAAGAUGGUACAAGGUAUACUGGAAUCCGAUCUCUGAAACUUGACAUGAACCCAGGCACUGGUAUUUGGCAGAGCAUUGAUGUGAAGACAGUGUUGCAAAAUUGGCUCAAACAACCUGAAUCCAACUUAGGCAUUGAAAUAAAAGCUUUAGAUGAUAAUGGUCAUGAUCUUGCUGUAACCUUCCCAGAAUCAAAAGAAAAUGGGCUGAAUCCCUUUUUGGAGGUCAAGGUAACAGACACACCAAAAAGAUCCAGAAGGGAUUUUGGUCUUGACUGUGAUGAUCACUCAACAGAAACGCGAUGCUGUCGUUACCCUCUUACUGUGGAUUUUGAAGCUUUUGGAUGGGAUUGGAUUAUCGCUCCUAAAAGAUAUAAGGCCAAUUACUGCUCUGGAGAGUGUGAUUUUGUAUUUUUACAAAAAUAUCCUCAUACUCAUCUGGUACACCAAGCAAACCCCAAAGGUUCAGCAGGCCCUUGCUGUACUCCCACAAAGAUGUCUCCAAUUAAUAUGCUGUAUUUUAAUGGCAAAGAACAAAUAAUAUAUGGGAAAAUUCCAGCCAUGGUAGUAGACCGCUGUGGGUGCUCAUGAGAUUUAUAUUAAGUUCAUAACUUCCUAAAAUAUGGAAGGCUCCCCUCAACAAUUUUGAAGCUGUGAAAUUAAGUACCACAGGCCUAGAGUAUGCUACAGUCACUUAAGCAUAAGCUACAGUAUAUAAACUAAAAGGGGGAAUAUACGUGAUGGUUGGCAUUUAACCAUCCAAACAAAUCAUACAAUAAAAAGUUUUACGAUUUCCAGAGUUUUUGAGUUAGAAGGAGAUCAAAUUACAUUUAUGAUCCUAUAUAUUACAACAUGAGUGAGGAAAUGAAAGCAAUUCUCCUUGCAUUCUGAUGAAUUAAAGGAGUAUGCUUUAAAGUCUAUUUCUUUACAAUUUUGAUUAAUAUUUACAGAAAAAUCUACCUACAGUUUUGGUAAAAUGCAGGAUUGGUAUAUACUGUCAUUCGAAUCAUCCUUAAACACUUCAAUUUAUAUUACAUGAUCGCAUACUUGGUAAGAUAAAACUCCACAAAAAUAGGGAUGGUGCUAUAUAUGCAAGUUCCAAUUCCUACUGUAAUUGACACAAUAGGUUAACAAUCCAUGCCAAUGGUGCUAAUACAAUAGGCUGAGUGACUGAGGUUAUCAGGUUUAUCAAAUAAAAAAAUUCAGUAAAACAGUAAAGUUCUCUUUUCUUUGGGUGCAUUUUCAUACACCUCCAAAUGAGAAACAGAUUUUCUUUAAGGUAAGAAGAAUCAUUUUUCUAGAGGUUAGCUUUCAAUUCUGUAGCAUGCUUAGAGAAAGUGCAUUAUCUUAAAAGUCAGUCAAAUAGUAUUUGUUUUUAUCAAAAUUUCAAAAUAACAUACUUGGAGAACAAUGUAAUUUCGUCUUUGGAAAAUGACAAUACUGUCUUUAUAACACUGCAGUUUUUAUGGCAAAAUAAUAGAAAUGAUUGAAUCUAUCAAUAUUGCAUAAAAAGACUCAAUGCAUUUAUAUCAUAUGUAUUCAACAUUGUUUUGUAAAUAAGCAUCUCCUUUUUUAUUUGCUUUGGUAAUUUUUAGACUAAGGACAUUUCAAAUUAAGUAUUAAGGCACAAAGAUAUGUCAUGCAUCACAUAAAAGCAACUACUUAUAUUUCAAAUCAAAUUAGCAGAUUAAAUGGUAGUCUUAAAACUCCGGAGGUUAAUGAUUAGAUGGUUAAAUUACAAUCAUUUUAUAUUUUGUUACAUUAUUAACAUUCACUUAUGGAUUCAUGAUGGCUGUAUAAUGUGAAUUUGAAAUUUCAGUGGUUCAUUGUCGUUGUGUUCAAAUCUCAGUAUUUCAUUAUAUUAAUACUUGCAGUCAUUACUAAGCAUAUCAAAAUAAUUGACUCUGUUAUCUGAAAUGAAGACUAAUAAGCUGAUGCUAUCUCAACAAUAACUGUUACUUUUAUAAUUUGAUAAUG